UGAUAGUCUUAAAAAGUGCGAACCUACUUAUAUAGUUUCCGGAAAUGUAAUAAACAGUCGUCGGCUCGUUGACGAGUCCAAAGUCCAGCGCGUGCGUCAAUGUUUACAACCGAUCAACUGACCCGACGGUCGGAUCACGUGACAGAGUCCAGCCGUUCGCCACAGACAGCAGAACCCAUUUCACAAGACAGCGACGGACCGUCAAGUGACCUCCACCCGGAGCCUCCUUCCUGCUGCCGCCGUGAGAUGAAGAGAACAUGGGGGCGAAGGAGUCGAGGAUCGGAUUCUUGUCCUACGACGAGGCCGUCAAAAGAGUCACCGAUGUGGAAUUGAAGCGGCUGAAGGAUGCAUUUAAGAGAACCAGCGGCUUGUCCUGCUACAUGACCCAGCAAUGCUUCUACAGGGAGGUGCUGGGAGACGGUGUUCCCCCGAAAGUCGCAGAGGUGAUCUACACGUCAUUUGGAGGUUUGGCUAAAGGGCUGCACUUUAACAAUCUGAUUGUGGGCCUGGUGCUGCUGACCCGAGGGCGAGAUGAAGAGAAGGCCAAGUACCUCUUUAGUCUGUUUGCCAGUGAGCCGGGCGGAUACGCUGCCAGAGACGAUAUGGAAGCAGUCCUGCAGGUCCUGGAUGGAGAAGUCCCACCUUCUCUCAGGAGAUGUUUUUCUGAGGGCGACAAGGUGAACUAUGAGCGCUUCAGGACCUGGUUGCUCCAGAACAAAGAGGCCUUCACCUUAUCCAGAUGGCUCCUGUCCAGCGGCGUGUGCGUCACGCUGACUGACGACAGCGACACGCCCACCUUCUACCAGACGCUGGCUGGUGUCACGCACUUGGAGGAGUCUGACAUCAUCGACUUGGAGAAGCGCUAUUGGCUUCUGAAAGCUCAGUCUCGGACCGGACGCUUUGACCUGGAAACCUUUGUUCCACUGGUUUCUCCUCCCAUCCACGCCUCGCUGAGCGCAGGCUUGUUUCAUGCCUUUGAUGAGAAUCGGGACAAUCAUAUUGACUUCAAGGAGAUUUCCUGUGGCCUGUCAGCGUGCUGCAGGGGGCCGAUAGCCGAAAGACAGAAAUUUUGCUUCAAAGUCUUUGAUGUGGACCAUGAUGGGGUUCUGUCUCCCAAGGAGCUCCUGGAGAUGGUGGUGGCCUUGCUGGAGGUUUGGAAGGACAAUCGCACAGAUACACUGCCCGAGCUGCACAGCAGUGUGUUGGACAUCGUUGAGGACAUCUUGAAGAUGCACGACACAACCAAGUUGGGCCAUCUGACCCUCGAGGACUAUCAGAUCUGGAGCGUGAAAAGCCCUUUGGCCAAUGAGUUCCUGAACCUGCUUUUCCAGGUUUGUCACAUCGUCCUGGGACUCAGACCUGCCACACCCGAAGAAGAAGGGCAGAUUAUCCGAGGUUGGUUGGAGAGGGAGAGCAGACAUGGGCUGCAGCGGGGCCAGAACUGGUUCCUUAUCUCCAUGCUGUGGUGGCAGCAGUGGAAGGAUUACGUUAAAUAUGACCUUAAAGGUAUUGUGGUGGAGCAGCCAUCCAUUCUGAGCUCACUGCGAACUCCGAUGUCCAUGCCCGCCCUGGAGUCGGUCCUGGUAGAACGUCUGGAAGUCUUCAGCCCGGUCAGCCCCACUGAGGAGCGCUCCCCUGACGCCGUGUCCAGCGCUUCCGAGGCCACAGAAAUGGCGCUCAGCCCACAGGUGGUGUCCUCGGUGUCAGAAAGUUGUUUUGCCCGUCAGCACAAUGUGUCAGACAACAGUCAGUGUUUUUCUGCAGCCAAUGGCCACCUGCCUUCACAGCUGGCAGCACAAAGACCCGGAGCCAUCGACAACCAGCCGCUGGUUAUCACCGAUGCCAUGAAGGCUCCUACGCUGACACUGGAAGGCGGUCGACUGAAACGCUCCCUGCAGCUGGUACCUGGUCAAGACUUUGAGACUGUACCAGAGCCGGUGUGGCGAGCGCUCUAUCACUGGUACGGCGCCAACCUCAGCCUGCCGCGACCGGUCAUCCUGGACAGUAGAACGAGCCAACCGGAGCUGGAGCUAUUUCCUCGAUACCUCCUUUUCCUCCGCCAGCAGCCGGCUACCCGCUCGCCUCAAUCCAACAUCUGGGUCAAUAUGGGUAACGUGCCCUCCCCCAGUGCUCCUAUGAAGCGUGUGUUGGCGUGCACCGGCUGCUUCAGUCGCAUGGGCACCAUCAAAGACAUUCACCUUUACUUGUCCCAGAGACUCCGCAUCAAGGAGGAGGACAUGAGACUGUGGCUCUACAACAGUGAGAACUACCUCACUCUUCUGGAUGAUGAAGACCACAUGCUGGAAAGUCUAAAGAUCCAGGAUGACCAGCAGCUCGUUAUUGAGGUCAGGAACAAAGACAUGAGCUGGCCGGAGGAGAUGUCUUUCAUUGCUAACAGCAGCAAGAUGGACAGACACAAAGUUCCAACAGAGAAAGGAGCCACUGGCCUCAGUAACCUUGGCAACACAUGCUUCAUGAACUCUAGCAUUCAGUGUGUGAGCAACACCAAGCCUCUGACGGACUAUUUCAUCUCAGGGAAACACCUGUACGAGCUCAACAGAACGAACCCCAUUGGAAUGCGAGGUCACAUGGCCAAGUGCUACGGUGACCUGGUGAUGGAGCUGUGGAGUGGAACCCAGAAGAAUGUUGCUCCACUCAAACUCAGGUGGACGAUCGCCAAGUAUGCUCCGCGCUUCAAUGGCUUCCAACAGCAGGACUCCCAGGAGCUGUUAGCCUUUCUGUUGGACGGCCUCCAUGAAGACCUAAACAGAGUCCAUGAGAAGCCCUAUGUGGAACUGAAGGACAGUGAUGGCCGUCCCGACUGGGAGGUGGCGUCAGAGGCCUGGGACAACCACUUAAGGAGGAACCGCUCCAUCGUGGUGGAUUUGUUCCACGGCCAGCUCAAGUCCCAGGUGAAAUGUAAGACCUGUGGCCACAUCAGUGCCCGCUUCGACCCCUUCAACUUUCUGUCCCUGCCGCUGCCCAUGGACAGCUCCAUGCACCUGGAGAUCACUGUCAUCAAACUGGACGGUUCGACUCCGGUGCGCUUCGGCCUGAGGUUGAACAUGGACGAGAAGUACACAGGUCUGAAGAAACAGCUGAGCGAACUUUGCAGCCUGAAGCCUGAGCAGAUCCUCCUGGCUGAGGUCCACGCCUCAAACAUCAAGAACUUUCCUCAGGACAACCAGAAGGUCCGUCUGUCUGUGAACGGCUUCCUGUGUGCGUUUGAGGUCCCAGUACCUGGUACCCCCACCUCCCUGAGCUCGCCAACGCUAACAGACAUCACCCCAGUACCCAACGGCUCACCUGCUAACGGACACCUCGGUGAGAAACUCGUCCUCAUCCCCAACGGCGGGCUGAGCGCUGUGGUGAACUGCAGCCCAGAGACGCCACUCGUCAAUGGGGUCACCAACGUGCACGUUUCCCUGGUGCAGGACAGCCCCUUCACCGGAUACAUCAUCGCCAUGCACAGGAAGAUGAUGCGUACGGAGCUCUACUUCCUGUCAUCUCAGAAGAACCGUCCCAGUUUGUUCGGCAUGCCUCUUAUUGUGCCCUGCACGGUCCACACCAGCAAGAAGGACUUAUACGAUGCCGUCUGGAUCCAAGUGUCCCGACUGGCCAGCCCGCUGCCCCCGCAGGAAGCCAGUAACCACGCCCAGGACUGUGACGACAGUUUGGGCUACCAGUACCCCUUCACGUUACGAGCGGUGGGUAAGGAUGGAAACUCGUGCGCCUGGUGCCCCUGGUACAGGUUCUGCAGAGGUUGCACAGUCAAGUGCACGGAGGACCAAGCAUCUUUGGGGAACUCUUACAUCGCUGUGGACUGGGACCCCACGGCCCUGCACCUACGCUAUCAGACGUCCCAGGAGAGGAUCGUGGAGGAGCACUGCAGCGUGGAGCAGUCACGCCGGGCUCAGGCCGAGCCCAUCAGUCUGGACAGCUGUCUGAGGGCGUUCACCGGCGAAGAGGAGCUGGGCGAGGACGAACUCUACUACUGCUCCAAGUGCAAGACGCACCGCAUGGCCACCAAGAAGUUGGACCUCUGGAGGCUGCCGCCCAUUCUGAUUGUUCACUUAAAGCGGUUCCAGUUUGUGAACGGUCGCUGGAUCAAGUCCCAGAAGAUCGUUAAGUUUCCGCAAGAGAGUUUCGAUCCCAGCGCCUUCCUGGCACCAAGAGACAUGGCGCAGCAUCACCUCCACUCCCGGAGCGAAGGCGAGGACCUGCUGAGGGUUGGAGAGGACAACUUGUCCUCCAUUUCUGCCCCUGCUGGAUUCUGCAACCUCCCCAAAGCUUCCCCCACCUCUAGCAGAACGCCAGCGCGGUCUCCGAGCCGGACCAGCAGCCCCUCCAGCAGUCCCAAGACCGGCAGCGGGGGUCGCAGGCCGGGUCGGCUCCGUCUACCCCAGCUGGGCAGUCGGAGCCGUCUGUCCAGCAGCAAGGAGAACCUGGAGGCUGCCGCCAUCCAUGAUCCUGACACCGGGGUCGGUGCGCCGCAGACAGAGACAGACGGGCUUCCUGCAUCAGGAGACGAGUCUCUGUCGGGUCCCGAGGCGCCCGCCAGCCACGGCGAUAUGGUCCUUAUGAACGGCGAGGGCAGCGGGCUGGGCUCCGAUGCCUCCGACCUCGACGCCUCGCUGCCACAGCGAGACGUCUGUCUGGACGCCGUCUACAACCUCUAUGCAAUAUCUUGCCAUUCAGGAAUUCUGGGAGGAGGCCACUAUGUGACGUACGCCAAAAACCCCAACGACAAGUGGUACUGUUACAACGACAGCAGCUGCAAGGAGGUGCACUCAGAGGAGAUUGACACUGACUCCGCCUACAUCUUGUUCUAUGAGCAGCAGGACGUCGCAUACUCGCAGUUCCUCCCAAAGGUCGAGGGGAAGAAGAUUGCCGACACCAGUAGCAUGGACGAAGACUUUGAGUCGGACUAUAAGAAGUACUGCGUCCUGCAGUAACGCUGCUCAUAUUGCGCCACGUGUUGGUUAACAAAGUACCAGGAACUGAUGGACGGCGCCGUCGCACGGCGGCACUUCGUCCUUCAGGAUGCAUCGCAGCACUUUUUCUGCAUCCAUGUGAACUUACGUUUGCCGAGACGAAGCUGCAGUUCAAGCACUAAACUGCUGCACUUUUCUGAGCCCAGCGGAACAAAUGGACCCUCCUCACCGCGGCCGAGGCUCAGCGGGAAAAACGCAUCUGUCCAGACUAGCCCCCCCCCCAGUGUCCAACGCGUGAAACGGUGCUGCUUUGUUUAUGAUGUCAGAAUGGGGGGGAUGUCUACACCUGGAAUUAUCCAACACGACGUCACAAAAAAAUAAAUCGAUUUAAGCAGUUUGAAUGUUUUGUUUUGAAACGACCCACAAAACCGCCGGUCCCACGACUGAGGAUCAGAACUGAAGUCUUUUCUUUGCUAAAUAUCUGAAAUUCAGCUGAAACAAAAAAAAAAUCUGUCAGAAAAUUUGAGAAAAUUCUUUUAAGAAGUCUUAGUGAGACAGAACCAAGGAUCCAAACGGAUCACAGGCAAAACCGGUUCAUCUUCAAACUGGUUUAACUUCAGAAGAAACUUGGAUCUGGUUUCAAACCAGUUUAAAGUACAAUAAAUAAGAAUUUAAAAUAAAUAAAUGAAUAAAUAAAGUCUGCUGCUGAACAUUUGAAAUGAAUCAGAACGGAGUGCUGUGAUUGGCUGAUUGGGGCUCCAGGUUUUAAAUUCCAGGUGUAGAACGGAGUCCUGCACAAAUGGAACCAGACUGACCCGCCGUCUCCUCGGUGCCAACAGCAUGUCACAGUUCAACCGCCAAGAAGCAAAAGCAGCCGGUUUCUGUUCUCGCGAUCAAUAAUUGUUUUCACCAUUUAACGACAUUUUUCUCUGGUUGAAGGUUUCACGUCAAUUAUGAACUCUGCAGAUGUUCUGGUCGGGGUUUCCUCAUUAGCGUUCUGCAAUGACUGAAGCUUUCUCAUGUAACGCACAACAAAGAAGAGCGAUUUGUACAUCGGAGCGAAUCGUUCUGAACGCGGUGACGUUUCCUAAAAGUCCUUCAAAAUAAAUUAUUGCAGAGAAAAAUGUCUUUAACAUGAAAUGUUCUUGUUAAAACAAGAAACUGAGGAAAUAGUUUUUAUUAAUUUUGUUGUUUUUAUUUAUUUUAUUUUGUUUUGUUUGUGUGUGGGGGGUAGUGUGUUGGGGGGGUCGUAUGCUACCUCAUUGAUUUGUGUAGUUUUUGGCUAAACUGCGACAGUAUUACUCACUUCCAUGUCAUUGAUGAGCUUCACACAUUUCACUUAACACAUAAAUGUGACAUCGCUGCCAAAUAAUCACUGCUGAUUUAUGCGCUAUUUGACCUUUGACCCAAAAUGUCUCAUCCACGUUACUCAUUUUGCAAAUAAAAUGACGGGUGCCACGAUUUCAAAAGAAAGCUACAAAAGUUGUUGAACUCUUUAUUUCAUGUUUAAUAAAGAUUUUAUUUGUUUGUGUGUGUGUGUAUAUAUAUAUAUAUAUAUAUAUAUAUAUAUAUAUAUAUAUAAUAUGUAUGUAUGUAUGUAUAUAUAGUGUGUGUGUGUGUGUAUGUUUUUUGUUUAAAAAUAAAAUAUUUAACUUUGAGACUCAUUAUAAUGAAUAAUUAAUUGCUCACAAAUUCCAAAAUAUGUAGUUUUAAUUCAUUCCAUUCAAAGUUCUUAAUUAGCACUCAGAUGUAUUAAUUCAGUGUUAAAUUCAUGAAUAUAACAAUUAGAAUUCUUAACAUUAAUCUGCACUUUAAUUCUUCCUUCAUGGUCAAAAAAAAAAAGAUUUAACACUAAUUCCUGUUUGGAGACUUUGAAUGAAUAAAUCGUUCACAUUUCACUUUCUGUGAUUUGCUUAAUAAUUAAUAUGUAAUUAUUAAUUUGUGCUUGUCACAAAUCAUCAGUUUAAUUACUGCAUGAAUUAUUUCACUCACAGAAAGUUUGCAUUUAUUGAUAACAGAAUAAUCAGUGGUGUGCACAAAUUAAUUCACUUUUACAUGAAUCUUCCUUUGCACAAAUAUGAAGAAAAACAAAUUGAUGCAAACGACUAAAUUCACAUUCUUCAAUUAUCAUUUAUUAAUUUGGUCUUUUGUCUAAUUCAUGACCUUGAAAUAAGAAUUUCAUGCAGAUGUUGAUGUGUAAGAAUAACUGGUCUUUCUCUGGCCCCGCCCCCUCGGUGUGACUGACAUUUUCCGAUUCUGAAAUCCAAUUUGAAGAAUUCACCUGAUUCUGAUUCACUGCCUCACUUCACCUUUGUUAACGUGUUCACUGCGAUUCUGAACUCAGUUGCUUAAAAUGCAUCUUUUUUUUUCUUUUUUCUUUUUUUUCUUUGCCUGAAGCUUCACACGCGUGAGCGCCGCCUCGUGCUCCGUUCACUGUCAGCAGGUUUCUGAGUGUUUGUUGUUUAGACUCUGAUCACUGUGAACACAGUUUGUUUGUGAACAAAGCUUCAUUUUUCUGCAGACUGCUGGUUCCAAAUCUGUGGGCCGAGUCCCAUCGAGGUGUUGCCAGAGGAGUGAAUGCCAAAAAAACAAGCACAAAAUACAAAUGCUGUUGGUGCAAAAUAAGAAGAUAAUGUCCACAUAUUUCAAAAAGUGGUUUUAGUGUUUCCAUAUUUCAGCACUGCGUCUGACUGAUUGCAGGUAAAUGUUUCUGUCCCCAAAAAUGAAAUGUGCGUGAAACUGUCGAACCCUCUGACUCUCGUCACGCUAGUAGCUCCACCUCAUCAAUUUCAUGGUGCUUCUGAGUCCCACCCCUGGCCCCGCCCACAGGAAUGUUGCGAUAUGUCGACUACUGAGCUGUAAGUUGGUUUUUGUGGAUCUGAAGUUAAUUUAAAGAGCUUUUUGUAACAUGUUGAAACGUGACGUUGCACUGACAUGAAACUGUGUAAAUAUGAACGUGUUUGUAAAUACGGCGCUGAAAUGAUGUAUUUGAAUAAAAUGUGUACAAAACGCAGUACUUGUACUUGUAUAUGGAGUAAUGCUGUCGAGCUGUAACAAAAACAUCCAAGAAACUAUUAAAUCCUGCAGAAGA